GGCAGGGGGUUGAAUAAAUCCGACUCUGGUCGGUACAAUACAUGUUAUUUGUGCGUUUAUUCUACUGUAUUGCUUCAUGUUUUCAUUUUUCUAACAUCUCAUGAUGGUCUAGCUGAUGGUCUAUCGAACAAAACACGGUUGAUUAUAUGCGGCGUGUCAUUGUCAUAAUAUCAUACUUGUUAUACAAUUAUAUCAUACUUCUCAGUAAGCAGAUUAUUUUAAUUGUAAUGGCAUUAACUGGCUGAAAAAGAAGGGCGAGUAGUUUUCGGGUCAAAUGUUCGGCUUGGGAGAAUACCAAAAAGGCAUCAGCCUGUCGAGUGGCAUCUCCAUUAAUGGAAUUCCAGUCAAACAAUGGUUUAUGUUUCUACUAUGACAUUUGGAGAUUUAAAAUUUUAGACUAGACAAGAGAAGCUCCCUGGUUUUCAAGUAACUUGAAUAAGUUGUUGAAGUACUAAAUUUUCACCAAAUUAAUUUUUGUUAUAAUUAUUUUUUGAUGAAAAAAAAGCAGUUCCAAAUUGUUCAUGAUGUAUCGCUUUAUUAUUUUUUCUAUAUAAUGGAUUGCCUCUAUGUAAUGGAUUUCUAUAUAAUGGAAAUUUGUCUGCUUGCCGAUGUGUCUACUUAUUUGACUGUCUGCUUACUGUUAUAGAAGAAUGAUGUGUCAUUUCAGGACAAUAAUGACUGUUGGUAUUGGUAUUUUAAAUGAUGUCGCCAUAGUUAUGCAACUUUUGAACCGUGGGUUUUGAGCACGCAAAUGUUCUAUUAUUACAACAUUUAUUUGCAAAUAAUUCAGCUUAGAAGGCCACUGCGUUGAUUUGAUUCUGUCUUUCUGUGGUUCUGAUGGAACUGGAUCAUUCGGAGGAAAAAUUGGAAAUGACUAUUCGAAAAGGUGGAAUUCCAAAAGUUGGAAUAACAAUUCUAACAGCAGCAAUUUCUCUAAUCGACCCGGACCAUCGAAAGAGAUCUGGGCUGAACUUUCCAGGAAUGGUAUGUCUCGGCUACAUUUACUUCGUAGAGAACGGAGAAAUGACAUGUACUGAAUGUGGCUACAGUUUCCGAGUGCAAGACGGAUAUUUUCUGGACGACCAUCUUAUGAAAAAUUCCGCAUGUCUAAUUGCAUACAAAGGUGGUUUUACCUUGAAUCCGCUGUCUCAAAGUUCGUCACAAAUACAUGGCGCUCAGAUUGGCAUACAUUCAGCCAGUCGCACUCAAGGGACGCUCGAUUUUUGUGCAGUUUUGACUAAAAGUUCGGAAAUAAACAGACUUAACAGCAAUGAUCUCGUUUUUAUUGGUCCAAAAGAAGAAAAAGACGCUGUGACGAUUUACUCCGAGAUGCUCUCAGAUACAGAUGAAACUUUAGACAGUUAUGUUAUCAGCUCCAAUAGAGAAGAAAGCUUAAAGUCUUCAUUUUGCGCAUCUCUGGUUAAAAUAUUAGCGUGUCUUGGAUUUUACUGCUCGUCUGAAAAUGAAAUUAUGAUCCAAUGCUUCUUUUGCAAGUUUCAAACGACCUUUAAUUCUCUAAGAUUACUCUUUGUAUCUCAUAAACUGUUUUCACCAAACUGUGAAACAAGUAUUUUCGCUAGCUUAGAAGAGCCUCCGACGAAUGAUUACAAUACGUUAGCGGUUACAUUGUACUCCAAUUUGAAAACAUUUGGCCUUAGGUGGAGUCAUGGGGAAGAAAUGGCGUUCAAAAGUGCAAUAGCUGGUUUCAAAUAUGUGAACAAAACGGACUGUUUAUGUUGUCCGGAUUGCUAUGUCGACAUCCCGGCCAGAGAGUUAAACUCAUUUUCGUAUUCUAGCUUACAUCAAAGUCACAAGGCUACAUGUAUUCAAAUAAAAUCAGUAUCAGAAGACAAAACGUUACAUGGUGGAAAUGACGAAACAGUUUCUAACAUAAUUCAGGAAUUAUUAGAACAAUGUGGCUCAUUUUUAAUGAACACUAGCGAUAAUGAAAAUACUUUGCAGUCGAAUAUGCUGCACAUUUAUCAAGAAUCCUUUAUUUCCACGCCUUACUCCUUAAAGCAAUGGCAGAAUAUUUACGAGACGUUACAAAACAACUCAGACACGUACCACAACCAGAAUGAGAGAAAUUUGGAUUUCAAUCGAAAAAUACUCUCCAAUUUGACCUCAAAAGAGCGUCUAAUGACCUCGAAUGUCAUGUUAUCUUCUGAAGGUCAACUAGGCGUGACCUGUAGUGUAUGUUUAGAGCAAGCUGUUGAAUGUCUCUUCAGCAAUUGUGGCCAUGCGUGCACGUGUAAUGAAUGUGUGAUGAAGGUUGCCUCAUGUCCCAUAUGCAGGUCCAGAAUUGGAGGAGUUUUGCCCGUGAGAGUCAAGGUGUUAUGAAUAAAUAGUCAUUUGUACGCUCAUAACAUGUUUUGAAUCUUCUUGCUAAUUUCGCGCGUUCCAUUUUAUUUUCGCUCGUCCGUUUUUGUAUUACUCGUAUUUAUAUAAAUAAAUAAUACAUGGGGGUUAGGAAAUUAGACGAUAAGCAAAUUAGACGUGACCAACAAAAACGAAUUUAGACGUUAAACUAUUUUUUGCAAAGCUAGCAUUUUAGACGGAAAGCAAAGGGCUAACAAAACUUAUUGCUUAAAACAAGUUUUCAUAAUUACAAAAA